AUGUUAAAAACAAAUGGCAUUCUUCUUAAAAAAUGGUGUAAUAUUAAAAAAAAGAAGAAAAGAAACAAGAAAAAAAAAAAAAUUAAAAAAUUAUUAAAACGGAAAUAUUUAAACGGAGAAAAUUUUAUUAAUAAAUUAUGUGCAAUAAAUAAAAUGACAUUAACACAUAAUGUAAGCAGAUUUGUAAAUUAUGAUUUAAAAGAAAACGCCAAAGGAAACAGUAAUAUACUUACAUCUGUAAGAAAAAAAAUGAGAAAUUAUAGUAAUACUAAUAAGAGACUAAAUAAUAAUGAUAUAAAUAUAAAUUUAUCUCACAAUGGGAAAGAAAAUAUGAAAUUAAAAAUAAUGUUAAAAAGAAAGCUAAAUUUAAAUAAUACAUUAAAUAAAGAUUAUAAUGAAAAGAAUUUUUUUAGUGAUUCUACGUCAGCAUCAUCGAAAGGUUUUUAUGAAUUUGCAAAUGAAAAUAAUAGUCAUAUUUUUAGAAGGAGAAAAAAGGAUAUAAAUGAAAAACAAGAAAAUUUUGAAUACAUUAAUAAAAUAAAUUCCAUUAGAAGUGUUGAACUUUAUUCCUUAUUUACUUUCUUCUGCACAAAGUUAAAAGUAAAAGAAAAAAGUGAUUCUGAAAACAAAAAUAUUUUAAAUAAAUUACAAUUAAGUAAAAAUGCUUUAAGCAAACAGAAACAUAAUCAAAAAUUUUCUAAGCAAACAAAUAACAAAAAUAUUCCUAAAAAUAAAAAAGAAACAAAAAAUGAUAUAAAAUGCCAACCAAAUAAAGAUCCUUCAAACAAAAAUGUAAAAAAUAUUAAUAAUAUUAGUGAAAUAAAUAAUAACAAUAAUGAUAAUAUAGAAAAGGAAAAUGAUAUACAUCUUAUGAAUAACGAUCAAAAUAUAAUAUUAAACACCCCUUUAGAAAAAGAAGAAAAAAAUUUUAAUUUUGAUGAACAAUAUAUUCUUAAUUCUAAUCAAUAUUUAGGUGAAAUAGAAAAAGAUGAAUAUAAUAGCGAAGGAGAAAAAAAGGAAAAAGUAUAUUUUACUGACAGAUGUAUUUUGAAUAAAAAUACAAAAGGAAAUUCCAUAAUGAAUAAAUUCAAUACAAGUUUGAAUAAUAAUAAAAAUAUUGAAAACAUGAAUAACAAUGAAAAAAUGAGCAACAAACUAUCUAGUAACAAUAAUGAAAUGAAUACUUAUAACAAGUCUAAUGAGGGAAAACGAAUAGCUAAUUUAAGAGAAAUUAUUGAUUUAGAUGAUGAAAAUAUACCUAAAAAAGAAAUGGUGGCAUAUAUGAAAGCAGAUAAUCAGAUGGGUUCUUCUGCACAAAAUAAUGAAAUUAUUAACCUACCAAAAGAUACUCAAAUGAAUUAUAAGAUACAAGAUAUGCAAAUGAGUUAUCCAUUGCAAGAUAUGCAAAUGAAUUACCCGAUGCAAAAUAUGCAAAUGAAUUAUCCAAUGCAAAAUAUGCAAAUGAAUUAUCCAACUCAUGAUAUUCAAAUGAAUUAUCCAAUGCAAGAUUUGCAAAUGAAUUAUCCAACUCAAGAUAUGCAAAUGAAACACCCAAUGCCAAAUGCUCAAGUAGAUUAUUCUAUGCAUGAUAUUAAAAUGGAAAAUCAGUUAAAUAAUCCAAUGAAUAACUCAAUGAAAAGCAAUAAUUUACCUUUUACAUUUCCUAUAAUGAAUGGCAAUGAUUAUUCAAUGAAUAGUAACACUAUGAAUAAUUAUAUAAAAUUGCCUAAUGAUAAUUGUAACAAAAUGUUAGUAAAUGGUGAAUAUGUUGAUAAAAAAUUUAAUUUAAAUAACAAAAAUUUAAUAACAUAUAACAAUGAAAAAGUAAAAUGUGAUGAAGAUUUUACAUUAAAUUAUAUCAUUCAAAAAUAUGAUGAUGAUGAUAAAUUUUUUUGUAAUAAUAAUUUAACAAAUGAUAAUAGAAAUAAUGAAUUAAGAAAAUAUACUGAAGGAAUGAAUAAAAUAGUAGAACAGAUGUAUUUUUAUGAUAACUUUCAUGAUGAAUACAAGAUAUGUGAUGAAAAAGUUAACUCUUCUAAUGAUUCCUAUAAUAUUAUUGAUACAUCUUUAAAUUUAAAUGUAAUAGAUGAAAAUGUAAAAAAUGAAAACGAAAACAAAGAAAAUAAAAAAGUUAUUUCAGCACUGGAAUUAAGAAUAAAUGAACUUGAAAAAAAUAUAGAAGAAUUAAUGAAUAAGAAUAAGCAGAAUAUACAGGAACUAGAAAAUGAAAAAAAAAAAAAAAAAAAAAGCGACAUUUCUAAUAAUGAAAAAACAGAAAGUAAUAAUAUAAUAAAAAAAUUAAAAAAAGAAAUAGAACAGAUAAAAAAUGUAAUACAUAAAAAAAAAAAAAAAAAUAAUAAUAAUAAUAAAUCCUUUAAAAUAGAAAAAUACAAAGAAGAAAAAAAGGAAGAUGAUAAAUUAGUAAAAGAUCCUAAUGAAGAAGAAAAUAAUAAUUUUAAUUUAGAUAAUAUAAUUAAUCAUGAAAACUUAAAUAAUUUAAAAAAUGAAAUAUUAGAUAAUGUAUAUUAUUAUAUAUAUGAAUCUUAUGACCAAAAAGAUUAUGAAAUUCUUGAAAAUCUAGCAAAAAAACAUGAAACAAUAGGAAAAAAGGUAAACUAUAAUGUCAAUUUACCAAAAUACAAUUUUAAUCACAAAAGGACAUCAAGUGCGUGGUUUUUAAAUCCAGCUUAUGAAAAUUAUAUGCUUGAAGAAAAAAAAAAAAAAGAAGAUUCUUCAAAAAUUGAAAAAGUGGAAUUUUUAUUUAAUGAAGAUAAAAUUGAUGAAAAUUCUAAAAAAGCAGAUGAAAAUAAUCUUGAGUAUGUAUCAGAAAUAAGAGAUAGUGAUUUUUCAUAUGAAACUUUUAUAAGUGAAAAAAAGAAAAAACUGAAAAGAAGUAAGAUGGAUUUAAUAAAAAUAAAAAAUAGUAUGAUUCAUAAAAAUGGUAAGACUAUAUCAUUAGAACAAAACAUACUAAUAAAAAAGAACAAUAAUGUAAUUGAAUCAGUGAGUAAAAAAGAAGAGAAAAAAGAUAAUUCUAAAAAGGAAGAAAUCGAUUUAUAUGAAAAUGAUAUAUUUGGAAUUAUAAAUAAUUAUGUUCAAGAUAAAUCAUUAUUUGAUUUAUUUCAUUCUACUAGUUAUAAUGAAAAAGUUGAAAAUAAAAAAAUAGAAGAUAAAAAAGAUGAUAUAAGUAUAUGCAAGGAAAUUGAAAAAAAAAAAAAAGAAAAAGAAUUAUUAGACUUAGAAAUAGAAAACAAAAAAAAAAAAAAAGAAUUAGAAGAAUUAGAAUUACAACUAAUUGAAAAUAAAAAAAAAAAAAUUGAGGCAAAUAUACUUAUUCAAGAAAUAGAAAAAGAGACGAAACUAAAAAAAGUUAAAACAGAAGAGUUUAUAAAUAAGGAUGUAGUUUAUACUUGUUAUAUAGAUAAAGAAAAUAAUAAUAAUUUAAUAAGGAAAGAUGAAAAUACUCAAGAUUUAAAAAAUGAUGAAGAUAUAAAAGAAGAUUACAUUAAAAAUGAAGAAGAAAAAGAUAUUAACAAUUAUGAAGAAAAUAAGUGUAUUACAAAUAAAGAUGAAAAAAAUAUUAAAGAUGUGGAAGAAAAUAAGUAUAUUACAAAUGAAGAAGAUAAAAAUAUUAAAGAUGUGGAAGAAAAAGGUCAUAUUCAAAAUAGAAAAGAAAAAGAUAAAGAUGAUAUGCUACCUCCUUUUCAACAAAAAGAAACAGAUGAUUAUUUUAAUGAUUAUUGCAAAAUGAAAAAAAAAGAAAAAAAAAAAAAUAAUUGGGCACUAUAUGGUAGACCAAUAGUAAAAAGAGAAAAAAAAAAUAUUAUUUUGAAAAAGUUAUCUACUUCAAAAAGUGAUAAUGGUUUUAAUGAUUAUACCUUUUUUGCUGAAAAGUUCUUUGAAGUUAUUACUGGUUAUAGAAGUGAACCUGACAACUUAUCUGAUUAUGAUACAAAAUCAAAUAUCAAAGAACCUAUAACAGAUGAAAGCAAUAAAAAAGAUCAUUUAUCACAAUUAAAUGGAAAAAAAAUUGUCAAUUUAAAUAAAAAAAUGAAACAAAACAUUUAUGAAAACGAUAUUUUUUGCAGAUUGGGAAGGCCAAAAUAUGAAAAAAAAAAAAAAAAUAAUAAUUACUAUAAAAGAAAAUCAACUAUUCAUAAUUCUAUAUUAAAAAAAAAUAGUACAAAUAAAAAAAAAAAACUUUUAAAGAGGAGUGUCUCAAAAAACCAUUUUUCUAAAUUUGAUAUAGCCCACACAGGUAUUGUAGAAAAAGCAAAAUUAAAAUUAAAAGAGAAAUUAAUAAGUGAUGAGAAAAAUUUAAAUAAUUCUGUUAAUAUUGAGAAGAAUCAGAAUGAUAAUAUAGUAAACGAUUUGAUAGAUAAUUUUAAAAAAUAUAAUAUAAUUAAUAAUGAAAACAAUCAAAAUUUUGAUUUAAAAUAUAAAAGAAAACUAAUAUAUGAAGCUUUAGAUACUAAUGAUUUUACUAAUGAAAGAGGCCUAAAUGAAAAUGAUGAGAUAAGAAAAGAAGAUUUAGAGAAAAAUUAUAUUGAAAAUAUUUCAUUUCAUGAACAUUUGGAUAUUAACAAUGACAAUAAUCAAAAGAAAAAAAUAGGAGAUACAAAAAAAAAUAUAAGUAUGAAGAAACAAGAUAAAAUAGAAAGACUAGAAGAAUUGCAAGAAAAAGAAGCAAGCAAAUUAGAAGAAAUGAGAAAAAGAGAAGAAGCAAAGAAAUUAGAAGAAAUGAGAAAACAAGAAGAAGCAAGAAAAUUAGAAGAAAUGAAAAAACGAGAAGAAGCAAAGAAAUUAGAAGAAAUAAGAAGACAAGAAGAAGCAAAGAAAUUAGAAGAAAUAAUAAAACAAGAAGAAGCAAAGAAAUUAGAAGAAAUGAGAAGACAAGAAGAAGCAAAGAAAUUAGAAGAAAUGAGAAAACAAGAAGAAGCAAAGAAAUUAGAAGAAAUGAAAAAACGAGAAGAAGCAAAGAAAUUAGAAGAAAUGAAAAAACGAGAAGAAGCAAAGAAAUUAGAAGAAAUGAAAAAACAAGAAGAAGGAUUAGUAGAAAUAAAUAAACAAGAGGAAAAAAACAGUUUAGAAAAAACGAAAAGACAAGAGAAAGAUAAAUUAUUAGAUGAAAUGAGAGAAGGGGAAGAAGAAAAGUUAGAAAAAAAAAAAAAAGGUAUUUUUGGUGAUUUUUUUAAACAAUUUUAUAAAAAAGGUCCCUUAUCAAAUUAUUUGUCUGAUGAUAAAGAUAAAUGUCAGUAUUUAAUGAAUAAUGAUGAAAAUAAACCAAUUAAAGGAAUGGACGCAAUUUUUUCCAAUGUUUUAGAAAAAAAUUCAGAAAAAGACAGAAAUGAUGAAAUGCCAAAUUCUUUUAAUUCGAAAAAUAAUUUAAAUAUUGGUAAAGAAAUAGAAGAUGAAAAUGCCAAAUUCAAUGAUAAGGAAUUAGAUGAUAAAGAUGAUAUAGAUAAUAAAAAAGAGAAAAUGCAAAAUUUAAACAACUUGGAAUUAAAUAAUUACAACGUUUUUGAUCAAAUGGAAAAUCAAAGGAAGAAAAAUUUUAGGGAGAGAAUGUCUAAAAAUAAAAAUGAACCCAAUAGAAUUUUAAAAAAUAAAAAUAACUCAAAUAAAGUAGGAAAUAAAUCAUUACUAAAUAAUUCCUAUAGAAAUAAUUCUAUAAUAAUAAGUAAUUUUAUUAAUAAAAAAAAAGAUGAAGAUAAACUGAAAGAAGAUAAAUUAAAAGAAGAAAAAAUGAAAGAAGCUAAAUUAAAAGAAGAAAAAAUGAAAGAAGAUAAAUUAAAAGAAGAAAAAAUGAAAGAAGAUAAAUUAAAAGAAGAAAAAUUGAAAGAAGAAAAAGCGAAAGAAGAGAAAUUAAAAGAAGAAAAAUUGAAAGAAGAAAAAGCGAAAGAAGAGAAAUUAAAAGAAGAAAAAGCGAAAGAAGAGAAAAAAAAAAAAUUAUUAAAAAUGAGAAAUAAAAAUUUAAAGUAUAAUAGUUUACACGAAGAACAUUUAAAGGAUCUCAUAGAAAAAAAUAUGACUAAUAAUGAAAAUUUUUUACCAGUAGAUAAUGAAUUAUAUGAUGAAGAAAAAGAUGAUAUUUUUGAAACGGAUACAGAAAGUUCUUUCUUAAAAAUUGAUGAUAAUGAUUAUAUAAAUUCAAAUUCUUUAAAAACUCAUAUUUAUGAUGAAUCAAAUAAUAAAAAAAGAAAUGAUGAUAAUAAAAAGUUGAGAGAAUAUUUCAAAAAUAAUUAUAAAUCAUCUAAUUUAGAAAACGGAUCUUUAUACCCAAGAAAUCUCAAAUAUUCGGGUGAGUUAAGUCAUAAUAAUAGUUAUAAUAUUUUAAAAAACGCUGAAAUUGAAGAUGAAGUAUUAAAUGAUGAAUUGAAAUUUUUUGAUAUUAUUAAUGAAUCAAGAAACAUUACGGAUGAAAUUUUAAAUCAUAGAAAUAUUAAUAUAAGCUAUAGUGAUAAUUUUUCAAAAAAUUAUGAAGAUAUCUAUUUUGAUUUCGAAAAAAGUAAACUAGAUUCUGAAGAAAACAAUUCUUUUGAUUUAAAUAGUUACAAUUUAUAUGAAGAUCUAUCUAACAAUUCAAUAGGAACAAAAAAAAAUAGUAAUAGCUUUAGUUCAUUAAAAAGCUCUUAUUAUAAAGAAGGAGAUCCAUUCACUAAUUAUUCUUUUGAAAAAAUGAAUAGAGAUGAGUAUAUUUACAAAAAAGAUUCUCCAAAUAAUGAGAAGAAAAAUGAUGAAAUUUUAACAAAUAUUAUGAAUAAUUUACAUGGUUUAAAUAAAAAAAUUAAAUCCAUAGAAAUGAAUUACAAUUUUGAAAAACAUGAAAAAGACAAAUUAGACAUAAAUACAAACGAUUUUGAAAAUGAUAAACAAUAUUCUUAUUUUAAUUAUCAAAAUAAAAAUAAAUAUAGUGAAAAUACAACAAAUAAAUAUGAAUAUCUUCAUUCUAGUUAUUAUUAUAGAUAA